AUGUGCCUCAUCCUGGCCUUGCAAACGGCCGUGUUCUCCGAAUCUAGUACAGUUCCGCCAAACAUAAUCUUCAUGCUGGCGGAUGAUUUGGGCUGGGCGGACGUCAGCUUUCGGGGAGAUCCGCAGAUACCGACUCCAAACCUGGACGUCCUCGCCUCGCAGGGAAUCAUCCUCAACAACUACUACGUGCAGCCCCUCUGCGCUCCCUCCAGAGGGGCUUUGAUGUCGGGUCUAUACCCCAUUCACACAGGUUUACAGCAUCUGGUCCCAGGUCCGGGAGAGCCGUGGGGGUUGCCGACAAACUUGACCAUCAUGCCUGAGUACCUGAAGAACCUGGGAUACGCCACUCACAUGAUCGGAAAGUGGCAUCUGGGUUACCACAAAGAAAGCUACACGCCGACCCGAAGAGGUUUUGAUUCGUUCUAUGGCUAUCUUAAUGGUGGAGAAGACUACUAUGACCACACAAUAUUAUGGUCGAACGCGAGUGGCCUGGACUUCUGGGAGAACACGACCCCUGUGAGAAAUGAGGGGAACCAUUAUUCGACCGAAUUAUUCACCAAAAAAGCCCAGUCUCUUAUCAAGCAUCACGAUCCAGCAAAGCCAAUGUUCCUGUACUUGAGUCAUCAGGCAGUGCACUGCGGAGAUUACAAGGUGGAACUAGAAGCACCUGCUUUGGCUAUUGCGCAUUUUCCCUACAUUAAGGAACUGAACAGAUCAAUACAUGCAGGCGCAGUGUACGAGCUGGAUAAAUCCGUUGGACUGGUGAUGGAGGCGCUGAACAAGCGGGGCAUGCUGAGUAACAGCAUUGUGGUCUUCAGCACGGAUAACGGAGGGCUUCCGUGGGGCGUGGAGCCCAACAGUGGCUACAACUGGCCUCUGAGGGGUUCCAAGGAAACGAACUGGGAAGGGGGCGUCAGAGGAGCCGCCUUCGUCUGGAGUCCUCUGCUGUUCAAGUCUGGACGUCUCUCGAACCAGAUGAUGCACAUCACCGACUGGUUGCCAACACUCUAUUCAGCAGCCGGAGGAAAUGUGUCAACGCUCGGCAACAUCGACGGCAAGGACAUGUGGAAGGCCCUAUCUGAAGACCUGGAAUCCCCUCGGCAAGAGGUCCUCAUUAACAUUGAUCCAAUAGAAAACAGCUCGGCGCUGAUUGUCGGGCGACACAAGGUAGUCCUGGGAUCCUUCAACGAAGGGUCGCACGACAUGCGCAUGAAGGCCCCUGGAGGCUCUCGUCCCGUGGAUGGUCUAGACCAGAUGAUGCUAUCGUCUCGAACCGGAAAAGUGCUGAAAGAUUUCUACAACGUCCGCCAGCUCACAGUUAGGCCUAACUGGCGCAAUGAAGCCGUCGUGAGGUGCGACCGGUACGCCCCCCCGAACAACUUCGUAGCUGCCAGUCCUCCUUACUACUUUGACCUUGAACAUGAUCCCUGCGAGCUGAACAACUUGGCGGCUUCCAACGUGACGGAACUUGAGGAGCUCAUCAAGAAGAUUAAGGAGUACGCCAAGGGAAUGGUGCCGCCUGCAAACAAGCCGCUGGACCCCAGGGGACUGCCAAAAUACAACCAUGGCUUGUGGGGCCCCUGGCAAUGA